CUCGCGAGAUCCAUCGAGGCGAAACUGAGUCCGCCAACGCGAUAUAUUCGUGACUCGACGAUCGAGCGUUUAUGCGUUUGGGUUCUGAAGGAACCUGAAAGUAGGUCGAAAGAAAGUAACUUCGUUGUCAGACAAUGUUUGCGAUCGUUGGGGAAAGACUGGCUGGUGUAAACGUGUUUCUAGUUGUUUGAAGUUUCAAAUCCCUUGUGAUUGGUUCGUGCGUCUCUGAGACUCGAGGCGAUACGAGCAGAGAAAAGUUAUCAAUGAUCGUUCAUUUCUGACGAUGAUAAAAUAGGAUCUAGAGAGUGUUACAACCUAUUCCUGCCCCAUUCCAGGCCGAAGUCGGUGGGUGAAACGUUCAAAGGCCAUAAAAGUGCCAUAAAUCGCAAUGUAGAAAAUCUUCCACGUUGGAGGAGGAACUGAACACGCUCUGGCCGCGAACGCGCGUCUAAAGUUUACCAACAGGAGCCAACGUUCUAUUUGGGUCGGAAAUAGAGUGCACGCACCGUUCUUUCUCCCCUCUCUCCGCGUACGUGCGUUCACCCUUGUUCGAACCAAGAAUAUCGUUGGAGGACAGCGGCAGAGGGUCCCCUUCGUCUUUUAAUCACCAUCAGGCCCGGUCAACGUUGCGCGAAACCGAAACCUCCGCGGUUUCGAGGCCUGUCAACUAUAUUUAUAGCUUGUGCGAUUGAAACCUGCGAACGUGAAACUGGAGAGGUCGACAGUGAACUCUCCGUUUCAUUUGGCGGUUAGAACGCGCGUAGAACUAUCGUGGAGGGUCAAGAUCUUGGUUGGCUUUCUCUAGGGCUGAUUAUAGGCCUACGAAAGUGAUAGAAUGGUGAAUAAAAAAUGGAAAUCUAAGUGACUAGUGCAAGAUUGCGAUUUUAUAGUUGGUUGGAUAUUGAAGAGAAUCGUGUGAAUGUUUGAAGCCUGGAAGAUUUAUGAGGACUCGAUGUCGGAGAAUACAUUUCGAUGCUCUUCGUCCGUUAGGUUCGUUGAUAUAGCGAUGGGCAUAUUUGGUGCAAUCAAUUCCGUGGGUGGUCGAUGAACUGGUGACGAGGGAUUAAUCAGGGAACUAUGAGGGAUCAGUGAGAACUAAUCAAGGACAAUCGCGUUAGUGGUGGAUAGUUCCAGUUGCAGCCAGUGUUAAGUGUCUCCGACGCAGACUGACGAAAGCAGUUGGACAGAGGAAAAUUUGGAUUUUAAUUAUUUGGAUUCGUGUGUCGUGGCAACUGACAGACAAACUGACUGAAAACAGAAGAAUAGAAGAUAAUCUCUUCGAGUUUACCUCGAGAAAAUCAUACCCUGGGUCAACAUCCCGAAGAAUCGAGAAAGGACCGUGACAAUGCGUAAUCGCGAGCGCCUGGGCAUCGAUCCCUGCCAGUUCAACGUCGACCAGGAAGCAGUCGUCGAAAAUGUGAGCCACGCGCGCACGUGGUGCCAAAACUGACUUGGAACGAUCUUGGCACGCCUCGAGGAAGAUCGUGCGCCCCUACGAGCGAGCCGACCGUCGAAAUAGCGUCGUCCGUGAAACCUCUGGCCCUCCGAGCGAAUAUAGGGCGGGGGAGGGACCUUCCUCUUGCAUCCGGUGCAAGAACGGAAGACGCAGCAAACCGUUGAAAAAUUAUUUUUACCACGACGGGGUUUUUCGAACGCGCGUGACUCCGUCCAGCCUCGAGCCCGAAGGUGUUCCGCGAGAGAAAUUCAUUGCCACGCUUUCCGCCCGUCGAACGGCCAAACAAAUGUCGAGGAUGCUGCGAUUGGAGCUGGUCGGGUUCGUGCUGCUGGCCUGCACCCAGAUACUCACCGAGCACCGCGACCUCCACCAAUCCAGGAACCAAUAUGGCUACCAAUCGAGGUACCACGAGUCUCAGGAACGCGUCACCAAGGACGUGCGGAUGAAGUACGGUCGUCUGCGUGGCACGGUGGUGCAGCCGCGGACCAAUCACAACCUCCAGGCCGUGGACGUCUUUCUGGGAGUACCCUACGCGGAGCCUCCCGUUCGAUCCUUAAGAUUCUCCCCGCCAAGAUCACCGGAACCUUGGCGUGGCGUACGGCAAUCGCUGGAAUUCGCCCCCGUGUGCCCGCAAGUGGCGCCGAAGCUGCGGGACGAGGUGAAGCCGGUCCGCUACGAGUACUUGGAGAAGCUGUUGCCUUACCUCAAGAACCAAAGCGAGGACUGCCUCUACCUGAACAUCUACGCGCCCCAUCAGUCCGAAGGUCAGAAGUCUUUUCGAAAGUACCCUGUGAUCGUGUUCAUCCACGGGGAGAGCUUCGAAUGGAACAGCGGCAAUCCCUAUGACGGUACUAUAUUGGCAGCUUAUGGCAAAGUCGUCUUCGUCACUAUCAACUUUCGCUUAGGCAUCCUGGGUUUCUUGAGGCCCGGUAUCAGAGACGACACCACCAGCAAUUUCGGUCUCCUGGAUCAAAUAGCCGCCCUCCUCUGGCUCAAAGAGAACAUCGCCGAGUUCGGCGGCGAUCCGAACAGCAUUACGUUGCUCGGCCACGGUACCGGCGCCAUUUUUGCUAAUCUGCUGCUUAUCAGCCCUGUGGCUAAUAAGAAAGGUCUGUUCAAGAGGGCCAUUCUGAUGUCUGGAUCAGCCCUGAGCGCAGACGCCAUUGGGAAGGCGCCCCUGCAGAUCACCAAGCAGGUUGCGCACGCUUUGAACUGUCCCACCAACACCGACAGCGACCUGGCGCUUUGUUUGCGAGACCAAGACGUGAGCACGUUGCUGGACGUGAAGAUUCACAAGCCCAAAUACGUGCCAGCAUUCGCGCCGCUGAUCGACAACGCUGUCAUCCCGGACAAGCCUUUGAAUUUAAUGAAAAACUCCCAAUUGUUCGGCAGGUUCGACCUGAUGUAUGGUGUCACAGAAUCGGAGAAGUUUCACAUCCUACCGCCGGUUGCUCUGGUGCACGGGUUACUGGACGGCCAGAGGGACGAGGUUUUGAGAGAUCAUGCUAAGGCAACGCACGAACUGGAACCAGAACUCGUUCUAUCGAAGAUUCUGGAACAAUACGGCGACUUCUCGACUGGAUUUACGAACGAAUACACGACGAAGAAUCGAGAUCUGGUCCUGGAGGUGCUCUCCGACAGCGGGACCGUGGCGCCAUUAAUAAUGACCGCGAAUUUACAUUCAAGGGCGAACCCGAAGAGCUACAUGUACGUUUUCUCGCAUCCGAAGGCGAUGCAGGACUACUCUGGCCAACAACGGCAGCACACGGUGCACGGCGAGGAGCUGCCCUAUGUACUGGGUGUGCCACUCGACGGGAACAAGUACGAUCUGCGUCGGCAAUACAACAUCGGGGAGGCUCUCUUUUCGGAGGCCAUCAUGACUUGGUGGUCCAGCUUCGCCUACGUGGGGAAUCCUAACGUUGUGAACCGCUACCCAUAUCUGACUGACGGGCUGAAGGAAUGGCGCCAGUACGCGAUCGAAUGGCCAGAGUACGACCCGCUGAAUCAGACCUACCUGAACCUCACGAUACCACCGACAGCAGGCUCGCGCUACCGCUCGACUGAGAUGCAGUUUUGGAACGAGGACCUACCUAACAUGCUCCGUCAUCCGAACAAAGACAUUCCUCUGCCGAUUCGACCGAAGGGGCCGCGACCGGAGAUUCUUGACAUAGCUGACGGGAUUGGAAAGUACGCGAAUGCGAGCACCAACAAGGCCUACGAGACCCAAGGCAUCAGGUACUCAGGACGUGACCACCAUCUACUGGCAUCCCAGACAACGGAGCCCAGUGAGGAUGGAGCGACGACUCCAGAUUUCUCCAGCCCUCGACCAGAGGAAGGAACCAUCCCCCCAUCGACCACGCCAAAGAGUUCUUCGGUGAUUACCAUGCUGACAGGGUUCGGCGUGGUGUUCCUUCUCAUCAACUUCACGGCAUUCCUCUACCUGUACUGCAGAAAGCAGGAGGCGAAGGACAAAGAGGUCGGUCUGAAGAGACGGGUCAGCCAGAAAGACGACUCGAGGCGCGCGAAGUCGGAGAAAUACGAGAACCACUACGGCGAGCUGGGCUACAAAAGCGACAGCAAGCCGGACCUCAACGACGUGAUAAAGAACGACAAAGCGUACGACAACAACUCCAACUUCGGACGACGCUCGAAACUGUCCAGACAGAACUCGGGUUCUACGAUAGACACUCACAUCAAAGUUAGAGAGUGGAUACAACAGGAGAUCGUGCACAGGUGUUCGCCGAGGUUCCUCCGCAAGACGCGCGAAACCCUGCAGAGAGAGCAUCAGGACAAGCUGACGAAGCAACAAGAGGAGGAGAAGAAGCGUCUUGAGGAGGAGAUGCUGAAAGAGAAAAAGGAAGAGCCGAUUUACGACGAGAAUCUCGCGCUGGUCGUGCGUCCUGGCAAGAAGUCAAAGCUCCCAAAGGUCUCGGUGGCGAUCGACGCCACACCCGCGACGAGGACGGAAUCGAUUCUGAACCAGGUGCCAAUCGAGCUGACGAAGAGCGCCGAGCCCUCCGACGAGUCGUUCGAGAGAGGCUUCGAGUUUCAGACCGUUCCUCAGGUGGUUGUCAUCGAGCACCAUCACUCGAAGAGCGAUCCGUUGCCAAUGGAAAACGUCAUAAGAAACGUGAAACCAAACUUUUCCACGCCUAGGAUCUACGAGUCGGAUUCAGGUAGCGCUAGCAGCCUGUACGCGAAGAUUAACCCGAAAUUGAAAUCCAGGCUGCCUCGUUUGGAACUGGGCGUGAAUCCAGAGGCAUCCGUUGCAGACGAGGCGGAGGAGAUUUACAUAAAGACGGGACCGAAGCUGACCACUUUCGGCGCCAACAGUCCGCCGCCUUGCGACAUAAACGUAACCUGCAGAGAGCCCGUGGUGGAAAGGAACUGUAUCAGUCCUGAAGAGGCUCUACGGACAAUCAAACGCAGGAACUACCCGAAAGUCCUUCCAGACAUCGAGAAAAGGCGAUCGCUGCCAGCACCUAGCAGUCUGUUCGCGCCCAAACAAUACGUCCAUUCGUUGAGGGACUACAGAGGUGGGCUGCAUUCGUCCUCGUCCACCCAUCAUCCUCCCCAACCUCCUCCAAGGAUAUUCGGGCCGUCUAAGAGUCUGGAAUUCGCGGAAGAGAGCGAGAAUCACGACGAGGGAGAGUCAGUGACUACUAAUCUCCACGUGGGGCCGUUGCUGAGGAGACAGGAUGGCUCAACGAAAAACAACUCCGAUCCUAGUAUCAUAGACUCCCUCGACGAGAGGAUAGACAGGACAAACAGGUCCCAAGCUGGUGGUAGCGUCGACACCAUUUACUCGAACCCCAUGUGUCCUGUUCAUGGGAUAGGCCAACCGAUUUCUCAGAGCAUGGACAAGAACAUUGGGCAUCCUACGACUCUGCUGGAGACAGGGAUGGGGAACCCGAAUUGGUACAAGUCGCCUUCGUCUGGGAACGAAGCGGCGAUGACCAGCGCGUUGUCAGAGCCAAAGAUUAUUGGGAGGGAGACGAGUAAUCAUUCUCAAUUCGGUGGCUCCAACUGGGACACCAGAGUCCCAGGCAUGGAACCCAGGAUAGUGAUCACUCCAAGGGUUGGAAAUCUGCUGGGUCAAGCGAAUCAAAACCUGAGUCAGACAGUGAUGAACUUGACACGUGCAUUCUCUGACGAAAGGGAGCCUAUACCAGGUCCUGUGUACGAUUCAACCCCUACGAUCGGUCCACGUUCGACCGCCAGGUCCAAUCCUGGAUCAGCAGAGCAGCUGGAGACGGAUCCCCUUACCAGGUGCAUCUCUCCAGACUCCAGACUGCCCAUCAACACGGAGAGAAAGGAACCAAGGAUUAUUAUUACUCCUAGAGAUCCAAAGGGAUCUUCAUCGAAUCUGAAGCAGCCCAAGAUCAUCAUCAAACCCACGUCCACCCUGCAGAGGACCAGGGACAACAGGAACAUACCCAAAGUCUCAGCCAUCCCCUCCCCAGAGGCUCAGUGCUCUCAGAGCUCUCUCGAUCAGAGGGAGAAGCCUCCCCUCAAGGAGAAACCGAAGAUCACGAGGAUCCCUUCGAUUUCCAGACGUCUGGAGGACUCAUCCAGCGGAAUCGAGAAGCCAACAGCCCCUGUGUACGCCGAGAAAACAGAAAUUGUCCAGAGGGUGGAGGCUGUACCAAGCAAGGUCCCAUACGCACCAGCAGCUGGCGAUGGGAAGUCCAGCAUUCCAACUUUCCUGAGGAGGGACCCUGAAAUGUCGUCCAGCACGGACUCCAGCAACGGAAAUUCCAAUACGGGGACGAUCAAGAAGAAGCCUGUCAACAGAAAAUAAACUUCACUGAUGGAUCCGGAUUUUUUGUUGAAGCCACGUGGUUCGUGCAAGCGUCGACGAGUGAAGUCGACUGGCGAGAAAAAUGAGUUUGGCGGGAUCUGGCGAGGAUCGUUUAGGUUUUAGGACGAUGAAAAUUGGCUUGCUGGGACUGGUAUUACCUGACGUUCAGAUCCCUUGAAUUAUGAACAGUCUAAGCGUUAUGAAUUGCCAGGCGUCCCGAGGAAAAAAACGUGAACGAAAUAAUAGAGCGGGAUCAGCUUUGUGUUUAAUUAAUACUGGCACGUAACAGGGGGAAUAACAUGUUUGGUGGAGGUUGUUCUUGUCGUUGAUAAAAAUAUGACGACGUACCCGUGACGAAUGGACGUGUUUUGUUUUUAUCAAAUUUAUCCAAUUUCCUGGAAAAUGGAGACGCGUGGAAACGGAUUAUACGCUUGAUAUGUUUGAAGGUUUCGUUCGAAUCGGACCAGUUUAUUUUUCAAUUAGAGCGGAAGCUAUUCUUUAUUUAUUUACGCCAUAAGUAAAAUGGAUGAUAAAAUUCACCUACUAUUUUAGGCAGAUGAUCAAAGGCGAUAUGACAGUUCUUACAAUUCCAGAUUGUGUAAAUAAUUUACUCACGAAUACUUCAUGGUCUUUAAACAGAUCUGUAGAAAACACCUUUUUGUACUCUUGAAAGUAGUAAAAACACUUUAAGCUUUUGUACUAACAUUGGAUAAAACUUCUUCGCCGACUAUUCGUUCAUAACCCGUCAAGACUGUACUCACGUAUGCGUUAAGUAUUAGUUCCUUAUCUACCUUAUCUCGUGCAAUUUUUCUACUCUUGUAUGACCGUUGAUAUAAAUUAAUUUUAAGCACAAUCGCAAUUUACCCAUACACUUUAAUUGUACUCGCACCGCCUGGAGACGUCCACGAUAGUUUUGUACGUUUGUUAGCUUGUACUUGACUGAA